AUUUCAUCAAUAAUCUAAACAAAUAUGUAAAAGGUUCAGUCUAGAAAAUACACAUAUGUUUGUGGAAUUGUACUUUGUUGUUAAAUGUGAAUUUGACGACUUUAUUUCAAUACAUAUUAGUUAAUAUAACUUGGAAAAUAAAGUCUGGUCACUGCGAGUUAUGAAAACUUCGGACCAUAGUUAUUUGCCCUUGACAGUAGACUUCUUCUGUCAUAGCAGACAAAAUGUAAUGGCCGCCAAUCGUACAUGGUUAUGGCAUUGAAUUGAUGCUCUCUGAUAGAUUCUGUGACGAGAUCCAGCCAGUUCUGAACACCUGCUUAUUCACUUCAAAUAUAUAAUGAAGAAAAGAGGGCUGAGGACAAAGCCCCAGUGAACAUCCAUCUGCAUGAUUUACUUCAUCGUUGGCUAUCAUGUAUUCAGAGUGGGCUCCGCUUCAACGGGAGAUUCAAUGUAACAAAGCCAACCAAAGUGUCCUACAGAAGUUCCCAGCAGCUGCUGGGAAAGAAAUAGUUUGUUCUGUUGUAAAACAUCUUGCAAAAAACUGCUCAACAUCAACAAUCGCUGUUGAUCUUGAGGAAGACAAGGAUGUAAAAUGGACAAUAGAGGUGCUUUGCUUUGGCCUCAGCCUACCAUUGACUGAGCAUGAAGCCAUUCGUGACUGUGUGAAUAUUUAUUGUGAUUGGUUGACAUCUCUGACAUCACCGCUAGAAAGUGUACCUAAACCUGUUAUUGAAAACCCCAACCUCUAUGCACGAGAAAUUAUCCAUCAUCUGCUGAACUUGUUUGUACCAAGAGUUGGAUCGAGUGUGGACCAUGUUAAACGCCAGUCAGCACAGUGUCAGCGAGUGUUGCGCAGUAUUGAAACUGUUGCUUUGGACUCAACUAUACUCACAAGAAGUACGUGGGAAACUAUGCUGAAGUUUCUUCUUGCUGCUAAUGAUAGCCUAUUAGCACCACCAGCUGAGAAAGAUGACAUUGGACUGAGCUCACCUGACAUUGCCGAACAUCUGUGUGAACGAGUCCUAAGUGUUCUUUUCGAGAUCUGGAUUUUAGCAUGUGCUCGAUGUUUUCCAUCCCCUUCCUUAUGGAAGACUUUCCGUAAUAUGUGUGUUGAUUGGCGCCAUCAUGAUGCCCUUGUCCAACAGUGGCAUCGCAUCAACCAUGCACUGUUAUCGCGUUUGCUCAAGAUCAUGUAUGGACCCAGUUAUCCUGAAUUACAAAUAUGUAUUCCCCAGUGUACUAAGGAUUUAGCUAAUUCUACAAAUACAUCUAAUACUCGAACUUCCAGCACAGCAUGUACUCCACCUGGUCAACGGAAACCACCCAUGAGACCUUUCUCUGCUGUUACAGCACCACUCACCCAAAAAACUUCCUCCAAGUCUUCAUCAACAUCAUCUAAUUUAUGCAAAAUGGCUUCACCGCUAACACCUUCAAUAGGCACAGGUCAACUCCUGUUGGACUGCAGUCUCACAAUGGCACCUAACCGUCCUCAAUGUAAUAGUAUUUUGAAUCUUUUUGGUGCCUGGCUUUUUGAGGCAGCUUUGGCUGGAGUUAUGUUGCAUCCUUGUCACAGUGAAACAGCCCAGAAACAAGAUAGACGGACCAAUUCUUUGAGUGAAAGUCGACAUAGCUCUUUAGCUGUGGAUUACUGUUCAGAUAAGAACCGCAUUGCUGACAACACUUACGAAUGUGGACGGGCUGAAGCUUGUGGAACACUCUGCCGGAUAUUCUGUGCUCAUCGUACUGGUGAAGAAAUUCUACCAGUGUAUUAUGCUCGGUUCUACAUUACUAUGUAUUAUGGACUACAGACAGAUGAUAGCAUGAGUAACGAAGUGCUAUCAAGUAUCUUGUUUAAUUCUUGUGACCUCUUGCGAGUAGAUUUGGCAGGAGCUCAGAUUCUUGUUCCUGAUAUCCUAAAUGCUCUUGAAUUAGUUCUCAGUGAUUCUUCACAAAAAUUCAACCUCAUCGAUGGAACAAAGGGUUAUUUGAGAAUUUCACAGUGGAAAAGAAAAAAGAAACUAGUGAUGUACACCUACUUGCCUAACUUAGCUGAGGUAGAUGUGGUUGACAUAUUAUCUAGUCCUGAAAGUUGUGAUCGAAAAAUAUCAUUUAUUUCUCUUAAAUUCAAAAUAACUGAACUUUUACUUCGAGCAUUGCGCCAGGAAACAGAUGCGUCAAACACACAGAUGUUGUUAGGUGGUUUAAUGUUAUUGGUGCAGGACCUAGCACUGUGUGAGGAAGCUGAGUUCCAUUCUGUUCAACCACAACACGAUAUCUGCUUGAAUGAUUCUGAUGUGUCUUCAGAUUUCUCUAAGAGUAGCAGCAUAUCUGGAGAGACAUCAGUUUUAGAGGGCUUUCAAAAGAUUCCUCCAGUGCAAAUGAAUGGCUUUGAGGACUGCCAUGGCAGCAGAAACUUGCAUGGAACAAAGCUUUCCUCCAGUUCGGGAUCUUUCAUGUUCACAAAUAUCAGAUUUUGUGAUACAGACACUGCUCACAGCUUGUUUGGUCAAGCCACUUCUUUAGUAUGCCACCGAUUAAUGUCUUCUUGGAAGACUGAUCUGAACACAGCACUGGCAGCAAUGGAACUUUUAUCAGGUCUUGCUAAAGUUCGAGUGAAACCACCUAAUGAAGGAAUGAGCAAGCGAACAGUGAAGUGGAUAUGUGAUUUCAUUAUGUAUCAGUGUAGCCGACCACCAACAGCACAUUCAAGAGACCUUCACUCUAGAAUUGUUGCAGCUUUCAAGUGCCUGAAGCUGUGGCUUGUUGAGCAUAGUAGCCUGCUCUAUGAUAAAGAAUGUCUACAUAAUGUCCUUGAAGUUGUAGAGCUUGGUAUUUCUGGUUCUAAAUCUCAGGAUAAAGAGGAUGACUCACAGACAGUAAAAAGUAAAGUAGAGAAGGAGUCCAAAUCUUCUUCGGCACUGAAGCAUCGAGCAACAGAUGAACCAAAAUACAAAGGAGAGAAACAGCUGAAGCCUAAAUCCAUGAGAGUUAAAGAUGCUGCUGAAGAAGUCCUCACGUGUAUUAUUGACCAAGUGACGGAUCUUCUUGAGUACAGCAAGGUACCAGAUAUCUCAAUCCUUUGCCAUCUCCUUUAUCCAUUACCUACAGUAACAGCUCUCAUCCGUGGUCCUUUUGGACGACAUGCCUGGACUAUGCAACUUCGACACCAGCCACGCAAAGUAAUUAACCACUCCAAAGCUAAUGUUUCUCAGGUUCAACGACCGUCUCCCAUGGAGAACGUUGGCUUUAAACACAAUGUAAAGCAUCGAUACUUUCCUGAUAUUGUGGAAACAAUUCCUGCAACAAAAUUAGAAUUCAGCAUUCCAACUAUGGAGUCUAUUGUGACAGAGAAGACUUCAUCAGAACUUGAAGUUCUUCGACAGAUAAUAGACACACAAGUAGCUUUUGAAAAUAACAUUGCUGAACAGGUCACUGAGAAGAGAAAACGCAACUGUCAUCAAGUUAACUCCGACACAGAAUGCAAACCACCCAAAAUUCGAAAUGAGUUUCAGACAGCACGGUUAUUUCUUUCACAUUAUGGGUUCCUUUCUCUGGAAGCACUGAGGGAAUCAAGUAACAGCAGCGUUCCGCCACCCUUGGUAAUUUUAGACAGUACAAACAGUGCCUUGUUCUCAGAUCUUGAAACAUUAGAUGGAAUUCCAAGCCGUGAUAGUGAUACUGUGCAUGUGUUUUACAUGAAGUCUGGCCAGAAAACUCCUGAAGAAAUUGUACAAAAUGUGAACUCUGUUGACAGUGUGCAGCCUCAGUUUCUAGAAUUUUUACAGUCCCUUGGUUGGCCUGUGUUUGUACAGAAACAUGCCGGCUGGACAGGUAAUUUAUCGACCAGCUGGAAACUUAUUCAUGAAGAAGAUGUCAAUGAAGAUGAAAUUCCUUCCAAUACGGGUGGCAGUAUUUAUGAUGGUCGGCAACAAAUCCUUUACUGGGCAGAUGUCUCUUCUGAAGUAGCAUUUGUGGUUCCUUCAACAGAUACGGUACACAAUGGAUCUUUAAUUUUAGACAAAAACCAGUCAGGAUCCAUCAAUAAAAAGUUCUCAACCGGAACUGAUCUCAGUUUGACCAAACCAAAGUCUCUUAUCUUGUUGGCAGACAAAAAUGGUAAAGAAAAAGAGAGUCCUGGUUCACCUCCAGAAGUUCCAAUAAUGAGAGGCAAAAAAUAUGGUCGUCAUUCAUCUUUGGCCGUUGGGCCAGACACACGGGUGUUUGUAGUAUGGUUAGAAAGCUUUGAAGACUGUGAUAAUUUUCCUUCCAAUGACUUACUAAGUUACACCAACACAGGAAUGGAGCAGUAUAGCUACAAUUCCAGUGCAUCAACAACUCAGAGAAACCAAGAGAUAUAUAUUAUAUUUAUUCAUGCGUUACAAAAUGGUUUAUUCCGAGUGCGAAUGCAAGGGCCAACCAAACGAGUUGCCAUGGCAAUACCUCUUGUUGAUGGAAUGGUAGUAAGUCGACGAUCUUUAGGAACUCUUGUUAGACAAACAGCCAUAAACAUAUGCCGGCGGAACAGAUUGGAAAGUGAAUCUUACCAGCCACCUCAUGUACGAAGGAAAGUUAAGAUUCAGGAGAUAGUUAAUAAACACCGGAGCAAAAUGACUGUUCCAGAAUUCUAUGCAGCAUUAUUCCAGAACGUAGCCAAAUGAAUACAAAGUCCAGAGCCGUUACGUUUGUGUGUAUAUAUAUAAUAUAUGUAUUGUAUGAUAUUUGUAUGCAUGUAUGUAUGAAUGAAUAAACAAGAGUAUAUAUAUAUAUAUAUAUACAUAUAUAUAUAUAUAUAUAUGUAUAUGUGAAAGAAAUAUAAAGACAAACAGCUGCCAAUCAGGAAGAAUGUAUUGCAGUAUUGGCAGCAAUGAUUACUAUUACUACGAGUAUUUGUCAGAAUAAGUAUUAAUGGGUUUGGUAAAUUGAUUCCUAAAUUUCUUUCAUAAUGGAGAGAUCCGUACCAUGGAGAUCCAGUCCUUUUCACUGAACACUAAACCUCCUCUCCACUCGAGGAUAAAACCACACUUCAAGGAGGGCUAUUAUUUUACAGAGAUAUUUUCUUGGCCAGUAUUUUCAAACCACGUUCAUGUUUGUAUAUGUGUGUGUGUGUAUAUAUAUAUAUAUAUAUAUAUAUACACACAUACACACACACACACACACACACACACACACACACACACACACACACACACACACACAUAUA